CUAGGAAUUGAAAACGAUGCGUUUACAGCUGCUCGGGCUGUUUUGCCUGGCAUUAGGCGCAGCCGUCGCUGCUGCCUAUAACAACAACGACAACAAUGCCAACACACAACAGCAGCCAAUCUACACUUAUCUGACCACAUCGAGCACGUCCAGCCACAGGAAUGAUGCUCCAGCCAUGCAGCCGGCCAUUGUAUACGAGGCGUCUGUGCCAAAGCAGGAGACGCGACCCGUCAGCACAGCCAGCUCAACCACAGCGGAGGUGGCUUCAAAGAAAGUCAUCGGUUCCAGCUCGGUCGCCUCGGUCGCUGUUGUGCUCGACGGCAAUGAGCCACAAUUUACGGAUGCUCUCGGCCAAAAGGUGCCCAAGCCGCAGCCGUCGCUGCAGGUGGCCAGCCCCAUUGAUCUACUCAAUCCCGAUCGCUAUGAGUUCUACACGUUCGACGAGCACGGCGAGUUGAUAAAACGUCUGAUGACCAUGCAGGAAAUUCAAAGUAUUGUGGCGAAUGGCGAUGGCGAAGGUCCCUCGAUAAUACAUACAGCACCGCAGCAGGCAGGUGAGCCCGAGAAGAAGGUGCAGGCCAUUGUGGAUAGUGUGCAGCAUGUGCUCAACAAGGAGGUGGCCAGCAGCUCGUCGAAGAACAACUCUGCGGAGGUGUUGCCCGUGUUGGAUACGCCUGACGUUUCGUCCUCCUGGUCGCUCAUAUUGCCUGCUAUAUUUGGCAAUACGGGUGGUGACAUCUUCCCACAGCAGAAGCCACAGCAAAUUGUGAUGACACCCGAAUCGGAGCUCGUGGAAACCUCGACGCGCGCUGCAUCCACCACCACAAAGCGUGUGACCAAGAAGCCAAAGCCAGCCAAGCGCAAGCCAGGCACUAGACGCAAGCCCAGCACCACCACAGAGAUGACGCCACAGGUGGUGCAAGAGGAUUUGGAUCCACUCGAAUCAGUGUACACGGGCAUUCAGCAGUACCAACAGGCGGCGGCCAAUAUGCACGACUUUGAUGUCGCUCACAUGCAGCCGAUUUAUCAGAAGUUGCCCAGCACCACACGCAAGCCGGAGGCAACCACACGGCGGGUAUUCUACAACAAUCAGGAAAUUGUACACACGCCCACCUCGUCCGGCAGUCCGACCAGCACCACUGAGAAGACCCAACACCUGGCCAAGAAACCAGGCAAUGUGCAUCGCAAACCCACCCAACCACAUCGUGUAAAGAAACCCAAUGGUGGUCAUGCCAGCAACAGCAGCACCACUCACUCCACUAGUAGCAAGCAAAAGUUAAAGAAGAAGACAACCACGCCAGCACCCACCACCACCCAAGCGCCCACAACCACACCAGCACCCACAACCUCAACCACAACCACUCCAGAUCCUGUAACAACAGCAGCAACAACUACAACCACUCAACCACCAGUUUCCACCACGCAAAAGAAGAAGAAGCGCAAGCCUACACGCACACCUGGCCAUACGGGCACCACUGCCGGCGGCAACAAGCCGAAUAAACCCAAACGUAAGCCAACCACCAAGCCUAAGCCGCAUCAUCCAGCCGCUGAACCAGCCACCGCAGCAUCGGCACCACAGCAACAAGAGGUCAGCACACAGAAGCCAGCGCGCCCACAUCGUCCACACAAGAAACCCAAGCCCAGCAGCACCACCACAACAACCACAACAACAGAAGCUGCUCCUGCACCACAUCAUGGGUCGUCCGUGAACAUAGUUCAUCAUGACUCCAUGCAUCACGAGCCAGCUGCAACAACAACCACAACUACAGAAGCACCCACAACCACAACCACAGCAGCUACAACCACCACGACAGCAGCACCCACAAGCACCACCAGACGUCCCACGCUACAUCAUCAAAAGAUACAUGGCAAGCCAGUGCAUGUGAGCAGCAGCACCACUACCACCACCACAACCUCCACCACGAAACGACCCACUACGCAUCAACACCAUAAAAUCCAUGCCAAGCCUGUACAUAAUGCGGUAACCACCGAGCCCCACAAGCCACAUGGACAACAUUUCGAAAGCUAUGGCCAUGUAAAUGCUGUGCCUAGUAAAGCAACCACAACAACAACCACCAGCACCACCCAUGCGCCCUUCUACCCCGUGCCCAGCUACGAUGCCGAAGCCACCGAAAAUUUGCCCACAAUAGUUGCCCAGGAAGAGGAUAAGACGCAGCUAAAGAAAACGCCGUUGCCAUUGCCCUCGCUUGCUCUAUUGCAACAACAAUUGCAGAGUGGUGCCACACCAUCGCCUGCACCACAAUUGACGGCGGAUCAAAUAUUGUCCAUGGAUCAAAUCGUGCAGAGUUUGACGCAAGAUCUUCUAGCAGCCGAUAAAAAGGACGGCAAUGCACCACCGAUCAAAUAUGACAGCGCGGAUAGCAAAGAGCAAAUGGAAAAUUUGGCUAAUAAAAAGAAAAUACCCAUUAGCAGCACCACAACCACAACUACCACCAGGUUGCCAACAACUACAACCACAUUACCAACAACAACCACGACCACGACGACGCCGACAACCACCACAACCACAACCACACCUAAGCCAAUAAUACCAUCAAUUAUUGCAAAUACACCACAACCACUGGCAGCCAACUAUGGCGGCAGCACCUUAGCCACCAUGCUGGAUGAGGAGGACAGCAGCACCACUGAAGACCUGAACGACUCCACCGAAACCACUGACAAUAAGCAAACCACAUUGAACAGCAUGGAAGGUGAACAAACGCCCGUUGUGCUAAUAACGGCCAGACCGCAGUACUUUACCACCAAUCAGGCAGCACCACAACUGCAACCACUGACCCCAGUGAAGACGGAGCCAACUCAAGUGGAGCCAGAGACCACAGAGUUGCCCAGCUAUACACAAUUCCUGCAAACCACGCCCAUGGUAAUGGAUGACGAGCUUGAAGCAGAUGCAACCACAAUUCGACCCACAGCUGAAGUCAAUCAUGUGGUUAAAUUCGAGCCACUCUAUGCCGAUGUGCCAGAAGCUGUGCCCGAAGCCGAGCUAACCACCGAAGUGGCAGCUCGCUUACCUGUUACUGAGCGCGUCACCAGCACCACCAAUCCGGAUGAUGAAGACAGCACUGAGGUAACACCGAUGAUAGCAAACCUGGUGGAGCAAUUGAAUUUGGAGGUGCUUAAGCCUACCGAUCAAAUUCUGAUGUCCAAUUUCCAAACUCAAGCGGCAACAGUAGCCUCCACCUUGGUGGAUGGCAGCAAUACGCUCGUCUCCGACAUCUACAUGAAUUCAAAUGAGACAAAGGAUGAGCUGCAGUUCCUCAUGUCCGAUGUUAUACAACAGAUCACACAGCAUGAGAGCUACAAGCCAGCUGCGAAUGAUGAUGAUGCUGAUGCUGAUGCUGAUGCUGCUGAUAACUCAAAUCGUCUGACCAACUUUGCACAGCUGAAUACGUCUUUUCUGCUACCGCCAAAGCUGGAGACGAGGCCAAAGCCGAAGCCGAAUCCAGCGCUAGAGCAAAAGAUAACAAGCACAACGGAAGAACAGACGCAGGAAAUCACAACCAUAAUGCCAAGCAGAAACGAAGAGGAACAGGAGGAGCUCGUCAAACAGGAAGCUGAUUACAUCAAUACGCCCGCACCUGAAACUGAGCAGUUGGAGAGCAGCACAUACAGGGUGCCCGUGUUGUCCUUGUCGCAAAUUUAUGCACAACAGCAGCAGGACGAAGAUGAUGAGCAGCAAAUAUUUGAACUGGAGCGACUAGAGCAGUUAAAGCCGAGCCAAGCUGCCGACAAGCAGGAAGUCAUUGAGCAGCAGGCGCUUUACCAGCUACAACAGCAGCUGGCAACAACAGCACCAACAGCUGAUGGCUACGAAACGACAACCAUCGAGCAGCUCCAAUCGGAGGAGAGCAAGGAGACCAACUCAGCUGAAGAGACGACAACAGCUACCAGCGUGGAGCAGUAUCUGCACGACGAAAAGCCAGAUGCGCCGGAACGCGAGAGCGAGGAAGAGCAGAUGCCCGAAAUGUUGACAAAUGGUUACAACGAGCAAAUCCAAACGGAAGCCAACACAGAGCAAAUGGCGGCAACCACAAUGCAGGUGCCAGCAGCUGAGCUGGAGGAGGUCCACAAGCUGGCAGCAACAACAGUGGCUGGGUCAACAAAUGUUUACCAGGACGCACAAGAACAAACAUCAACCGAAAAGGAAGCUGAAAAAAGCGAAGAGGAUGCCAAAACAGAAGAGGAGCAAGAUGAGCAGCAAGAGGACGAAGAGCAGCUGAAGCAAAGUGUUGAGGAUAGCGUCACAAAUGCGGCACAGCUGCAGCCACAGUAUACGGCCCAGCCAGCUGAACAGGAGCCUCAUCAAGAUAAGGAGCAAGAGCAGACAACGGCUAGCGUUGAGCUGGUCACGGAAAUACCGGGUGAUAUGUCCGUCGUCUCAUCUGAAUCGGAUAUGUCGCUCAGCUCUGAGCAGGUCACCGAAAAACUAGAGCUAAGCACUGUGCGUACCAUGGAACUGAACGAGGAGGCACUGGAGGAUAUAUCCGAUGAGCUGACAGCCACUCUAACCGAAGAGGAUACAAGUGCAGAGAAAUAUCAGCUGGAUGAUGAGGAUCCCUAUGUAAAGUUGGGCGAGACGACGGCCAGUGUGGUAAGGCCACAGCAGUUGGCUAAUGUGGACGAGAAGCAACCAGAGGAGCAGUCUACAGAGAAGGAGCAGAACUACAAGGUCACCUUGCCUCUAGCUAGCUAUGGAAAUCAGCAAGCUGAUGAGGAGGAUGAUGAAGAUCAAAAUAGUUAUCAGCUGCCCAUACUCCUACCUAGCAGCAGCAGCAGUUCCACUACAUCCACCACGACGACAACAACAACAACCACAGCAUCGCCCACAACAACAACAACCAAGCGACUACAGACACUGAAACCCGUUUCAUAUUAUGUGCAGCCUUCACUGCUCGGUGGCUACAAUCAAUUGGAACCACAGCCACCUAAGCUGCUCGCCUAUAAUGCCAACAGCAACAGCUUGGCACAGCAGCAACAGUUGCUGUCACCAUCGCAGCAACAGCAGCGACCCAUGCACCGACCCGCUUCGCUGACAAAUUUAAUGGCUGCAUCCACGCAAGCAACGCGACCGCCCGUUAAACUCGAGCCUAGUCCACAGAGCUCUCAGGGCUUGGAGGCCUCCACCUCGCGACUAGAUGACGAUGUUUUGUCCUUUGCACGACUUUGCAAUGAAUUGGCGUUUAGCUACUGGAAAUCCAUAACCUCGGAGAAGAUUAGCUCAGCUCGGAGUUUGGUCAUUUCACCAUUCGCGCUGACUUCAAUGUUGUCCAUGGUGUUCCUUGGGGCACGCGGCAGCACCUCGGGUGAAAUGAAUGAAAUACUUAAGCUCGACGAUAUGGUCACCUUUAAUCCACAUUUGAUUUUCCGUAACAUCACCAACUCGGUGGAGCAAUCCUUGGAGCAAGAUAUUGCAACGGCUGCGUUUGUGCGCGAAAUCUUUAGCGAUCGUGCGAACGGCAAAAUUCUGCCCUUCUUCAAGGAGAAGACCCAACAACUGUACGGCGGACACGUGGAAGAGGUUAAUUUCCAUGUGGUCAACGAUAUUGUAAGACGUCGCACGAAUCUACUCGUGAAACGGCAUACCAUGGGCAAGGUCUUGGAGUAUUUGCGCACGAACAGCGUCUGGGUGAACGGGCCAUUGGCCACGGUUUCAGCCAAUCUCUUCCAGACAGAUUGCACGCGAGGUUCGACAACGGAUCGAGAUGGUGAGAUGUUCUUCCAGGUACAUCCGACGGUGCGUCAACGUCGUCUGGUGCCCAUACCCGCGGUGCUCUAUCGCUCCGGCUUCACAGCGGGCUAUGAGCCUAAACUGGAUGCUACUGUUGUAGCCUUUGGACGCAUACAGGAUACGGUGAGCACCAUCUAUGUAAUGCCGGGACAUCAGAGUUCGGUGUCGCCCACAGAUAACUUAGAUCGCUUGGAACGCAAUCUGGUUGAGUUGGCCUUUGGACAGGAUAAUGCGUGGAGCAAUCUGAUGACAUCGCUAAUGGAUCGCCCCGGCAUGGAGGUACAACUGCCCCGCUUCUCGCAUCGUUCCUUCGUCAAUGCCUCGCUGGGACUGCAGAAGAUGGGCCUGAAGGGUCUCUUCAAAUCAGACUUUGCUGACUUGCGCGGGCUCACAGGAAACGGUAAUCGCGAUAUCUUCCUCUCCGACAUGAUACAGAUAAACACGUUCAGCACCUGUGGCGAGGAGAAGAUCUCGGAUCAUCAUCAUGUAGAAAUGUAUCCAGCGCCGCCUCUACGCAAACGCAACAAGGAUGUGGAUGCCACAGACGACGAUGCGUACGAUUCGUCUGAGGCAGUUGUUGACUUUGGUUCGCUGGUCCAAGAAUCGGCUUUGGGUCGUGGCUUCUACGACGACUUACUGGAUCCCAAGUAUUUGGAGCUGCCGUUGCCGCUACGUCCACGUCAAGCACGUGUUCCAGAUGCGCCAAGAUUGCGCUUCGAUAAGCCCUUCCUCUACUUUGUGCGCCACAAUCCAACGGGCAUGAUACUCUUCAUGGGUCGCUUCAAUCCACGUCUGCUGCCAUGAACAAAUAAAAUGCCCCUUCCCCC